UGCAUCCAGUUUCACUUGAGCAAGCCGACCGUCUCUAAAGGCGCAGCGCUGGAGAGUCACCAUUAACCCAGCGCAAUGCUCCUGCUCCAGCUCCGCUGAAUCUCUCGGAUACUAGUUUCUCUCAACCUCCGCUCGGAUGAACAUGAGUCGGAACGAACAUUCGCUGCAGGCUCUGUCCUGGAGAAAGCUUUAUCUGAGCAGAGCCAAACUCAAAGCUUCCAGUCGCACGUCGGCUCUUUUAUCCGGUUUCGCAAUGGUGGCAAUGGUGGAAGUACAGCUGGACACCAAUCACGACUAUCCCCCAGGACUGCUGAUCGCUUUCAGCGCUUGCACCACUGUGUUGGUGGCUGUCCACCUGUUCGCCCUCAUGGUGAGCACCUGCAUCCUGCCCAACAUCGAAGCGGUCAGCAACGUGCACAACCUCAACUCUGUGAAGGAGUCUCCUCACGAGAGAAUGCAUUGCCAUAUCGAGCUGGCCUGGGCUUUUUCCACAGUCAUUGGAACGCUGCUGUUCCUGGCCGAGGUGGUCCUGCUGUGCUGGGUCAAGUUUUUACCCAUUAAGCCGAAGGAUCAGAAAAACGGUACUAUAUCCGCCGGGGUGGCCGCUGCGAUCACGUCUACCUCCAUCAUGGUGCCUUUCGGCUUGGUUUUUAUCGUCUUUGCUGUGCAUUUUUACCGCUCGCUGGUCAGCCACAAAACCGACAGGCAGUUUCAAGAGUUAGAAGAGUUGGAGGACUUACAGAACGAACUGGACAAUCGAGGGGAGGCGUCUAACUUACAGUCUCCCAGUUCCCUUUACCCCUAGUUUUGAGUUUGGGAAAGAGCUUCUGUCAAUGUUUUAGAUUUGUCAAGUGUUGCAACACAUCAUAUUUUCAACCAUAGUAUUGAUCUAUCUGUUGCAUGUGUUGCAGUUUUUUGUGUCAAGGAUUUGUCCACUGUUUCAGCUAGAUUUACUAAUAACUGACUUUUAUAACUGUGAAAGCAUGCACACUGCAUGUUUUAUGUAUUUUUUUUCUGUUCUUAUAGGAAUAGUUCACCCCAAAAUGAACAUUUUCUAAAAAUGUACUCCUCAAAGGUGUGUUUGAGUUUGUUUGUUUUUCAUCUGAACAGAUUUGAAGAAAUUCAACACUCCAUCACUUGCUCAUCAACGGAUCCUCUGCAGUGAAUGGGUACCGUCAGAACGAGAGUCCAAACAUCUGAUUAAAAACAUCACAAACGAUCCACAAAUAAUUCGUUGUUAAGAUGUUUUAAACUAAAAAUAUUACUAUAAUAUGUGUCCUUUCUUUAUAAUAUUGCUUUCUCCAGUGGAAAGUCAUCUUAUCUGAAUCAGGAGAUAAAUAUGCACAGAUAGAGGUUUCCACUGGAGGGAGCGUUAGUAUGGAUUAUGGACUUGUAUUUUGGCAAGAAGCGACAGUUUAAAGUAAUAGGUUUCUUACAAACACAAAGCUUUUACUUCACAAGUUGUUAACUGAUGGACUGGUGUGAAUUAGCUGUUUAGACACUUAUUCUGAAGGCACCCAUUCAUUGGUGAGCAAAUGAAGUAAUACUAAAUUUCUCUGAUCUAAAUUUCUAAAACCUGCUCCAAACUCAUCUACAUCUUGGAUGGCCUGAGGUUGAGUACAUCUUCAGCAGUUUUUCAUUUUUGGUGAACUAUUCCUUUAAUUCACCACAGGGAAAAUCCUCUAUUUCAGUCCUGUUACUUACAAAGUUUUAAUUUUUACACAAGGCAACCUACGUUCUUACAGACAUAAGUUUAUAUAUUGCAAAAAAAAAUCUUUUAAACACUGAUCAGAGGCUUGUUUGAAGUUAUUGCAGUGCAGGGGACACUUUUAUGUCCGUUUGACCAAAUAAUUUUGAUGAGUUCUGAAUCAUGGCUUUGCUAUUGAACAGCUGAAUCAACCAAAAAUCAAAGUCUCAUUCAAACUCAAAUUUUUUCCCCAAAUGAACCCCCUGAAUGAGCACAUCUUAGAAGAAACUAAGGCACUUUAUCAACAUGUUUGUCUGACCUUUUUUGGUAGUAUUUGAAAUGGCUUCCCAUUAAAGGAACCUCUGUUCGCUCUGAAGUUGGACACAAGUGCUUUGCGCCGUCACGGCUAAAGAGCUGGCAGGAUUGUGCGAUUAUGCUAGCGAACACAUUUCAAACAAAGUGUUUAUUAAGCAGAGGACCGUUUAAGCAUGUAGUCACAUCAGCAGCAUUGACAAAAAUGACUAAAACAACAUGCCAAUUUAUUAACAUGUUCAGUGUUGCCAAAUUGAAAUACAAUUAUUUAUUUUUCCCCAAAGUAUGUGAAACAAUAUCCAAUGUUGUGUGUAAAGUUUGAUUCAGAAGCUCUUUUUAUUAGUGCACAGCAUGUGCUGGAAUUUAAAAACUCACAGUUUAUACAUUUUAAUUAAAGUCUUAAAUCAAACUUCAACCAAACACCCUUUUGUGCUCUUUUAUAUAAUUCUUGCCAAAAUGAGCAUUUUGUUAAAUACUAGUAGAUGCAUAAUGUGCCACCAGCUUUUUUGUAUUGUGUGCUAGUGUUUUUAUUGUGAGUGAGGGGUUGAUAAAACACAUUUCAC